GGGCAGGGUUAGAAUCGUCUGAAAGCUUGCUCAGGACAUGUCUUGCGGUUGAUGCUGGCUGUUGGCUGAGGGUCUUUGCUGGAACACCUGCUUUCAGCCUUUCCAUGUCUCCUGCGUUUCCUCACAGCAUGAUGAUUGGGUUGUAAAGGUUGUGCUUUUAGAAGACCAUUAGGGAAGAACACAUUUUCGCCUUGCCACAAAGUUGCAUAGAAAACCUGUGACUAUUUGAAAGGGCCAAUGAGUAUUCUCAUCAUAGAGGCAUUCUGUGGAGGGUCCCAUAAACAGCUGGUGGAUCUGCUGCAAGAAGAGUUAGAAGACUGUGUCCUUUAUACCCUUCCUGCAAAGAAAUGGCAUUGGAGAGCACGGACAUCCGCUUUAUACUUCUCCCAGAAUAUUCCCAUCAGUGAGCAUUACAGGAUCCUCUUUGCAAGUUCAGUGCUUAACCUGACCGAACUGGCUGCCCUUCGGCCUGACCUUGGGAAAUUGAAAAAGAUCCUGUACUUCCAUGAGAACCAAUUGGUAUAUCCUGUCAAGAAAUACCAGGAAAGGGAUUUCCAAUAUGGAUACAACCAAAUUCUCUCAUGCCUGGUGGCUGAUGUGGUGGUAUUCAACUCAGUUUUUAAUAUGGAAUCAUUUCUCAUUUCUAUUGGAAAAUUUAUGAAGCUGAUUCCUGAUCACAGACCCAAGGAUCUAGAGAGCAUCAUCAGACCCAAGUGCCAAGUUAUUUACUUUCCCAUCAGAUUUCCUGAUGUGAGCAGAUUCAUGCCCAAGCACAAAACAACCCAUUUACAGAAGAUUCUCAGCCUUAAGGGAAAUGGUGGUGCUUCUCCAUCCAUGGCCCUCCCAUUCCAACAGGAAGAGAGGGAAUCUGAGAAUUUAUCAAAGAAUUUCCAUUCAGAACCUGGACCUUGUGAUGCUGUGCAAGAAAACCUGGGCAGCUCACUUACACAGGAGUCAGACCUAAGCACGUGCAGUUCGUCAGAUAAUUCAAGCUCUCUUCAUGAGGAAAAUAAACAAAAUACACUUUUUAAGCACUGUGACAUUUCAGGUGGAAUUGAUGAUCAGCAAAGACCAUUGCACAUUGUCUGGCCUCACAGGUGGGAACAUGAUAAAGAUCCAGAGAGUUUUUUUAAGGUACUAAUGCAUCUUAAGGACUUAGGACUCCAUUUCCAUGUGUCUGUCCUUGGAGAAACCUUCACAGAUAUCCCAGAUAUAUUUUCAGAGUCCAAAAAGGCAUUGGGAUCGUCUAUCAUACACUGGGGCUACUUACCCAGCAAAGAUGACUAUUUCCGAGCACUGUGCAUGGCUGAUGUUGUCAUCUCGACAGCUAAGCAUGAAUUCUUUGGAGUGGCAAUGUUGGAAGCUGUGUAUUGUGGUUGUUACCCACUUUGUCCCAAUGAUCUGGUUUAUCCUGAAAUAUUUCCAGCUGAAUAUCUGUAUUCUACACCUGAACAGCUUUCAAAAAGGCUCCAGAAUUUCUGCAAGAGACCAGACAUUAUAAGAAGACAUCUCUAUAAGGGUGAGAUGACUCCUUUUUCUUGGGCAGCCCUACGUGGUAAAUUCAGGUCUCUGCUCACAGCAGAACCUAGGGAAGAUUUGUGACAGAUGGGGCUAAGUCACAAACUUGCAGCCUAAGGCAGAAUCUGUAGAACUUUCCAGAGUGUGCCCAUAUUUACCUGAUCAGAGAGAAAAGAAAAUCUGCAGAGGAAGCUGAGCCUGGCUGCUUGUCAUAGCUGACACAGAGCCAUCUGCCACAAACCUGUGGCGGCUUCAGAUCUCCAAUCCCUGCCACCAGCCCAACUCAAAUUAAAUACAGAUUCCUAGAGACGCUGUGAUGGUUACACAUGUCCUCAGCAUCACAUGGAGGAGACUGUUCAAAAAAAAAAUAUGUGGCCUGUUGUAUAACUGCACUCAUGUAUCCCAUAUGUGGUGCCACAUUGCGUUUCCGGUGGAAUCCGUUUUUAUCCUUUGUACUGGAUGACAUGGUGCCUGAAUUCUUUCUUUUUGCCGACAUGACGGCAGCCAAACUACAGCUUCAAACGCUUGCACUUGGCUGGGUUUCUACCUAGGUUGCCAGGUUGCCGCCGGAGCCUCCCUGUGCCCUCAAAGGGCCACGGGGCCUGGAAGGAGCCUCUGAGCAUUGCCCGAUUAAUUGGGCAGCAAUCUCAGAACGGUUUGUGGGCAGAGGGCUGCUUAGCACUACCCUCUUAGCAAAUUAAUGACUCUCUGGCACAGGAGGUUUUAAGUGAAGGUAUUAAUAAGGGGUCUGGCAGGUAUUCCCAUGAGUCACAGAGUUACAUUUGCAUUUAAUUUAUCUUAAAGUUGCAAGAUAAACAGCUGUAAAUCGGACAAACAUGGGAAAUACACUAAGUGGGGCCAUCUUGCCCAUAAAAUGAACACUGAGAUACUUGUCUUAAUUUUUUUCCAGGUGUAAAAAUAGAGAAAUCAAAAUACCUCUAACAAACCAGUAAUUUUGGUAUAAAUAUUCCUUGAAAAUAUUUGCAACCAGCUCCAAAUAUAAUCUUUUCAAGAUAAAUCGCUUUGAUUCCAAUAGUCAAGCUGCUGUAUUUGUUGAUGUAAAGAUGUUUUGAAAGGCUAGAUUGUAAAAUAAAUUUUUAAUAAAGUACCCACUGAAAUUUUUAAUUGACAUACCUAAUUUACGUGUAAGUGUGUACAUCGAUCUCUGUUAUUCUCACCGAACAAUUGUUUUAUGUCAGAGACAACGAAUACAAUUGUUUCUUUUCUGGAUGAACAAGGAUCUGUUUUGCAAAUGUUUGUAAGAUAUUAUGACAUUUCCAAGAUUUUCUUUGCAUUCUGGAAAGCAGGAGGUAAACAUUUGUAGUCAUUAAGGUAAAGUCUGUUGAUAAACCAUCUUCUGUUUACUGACAGGUAAAUUGUAACUUUCCUAGCUUUUGAAAUGAGUAACUUCUAUACACUGCAGCGUGAGGCACAGCCAGGGAGAGUGGGGUAGACAAGGGCCGGCCUGGCUCUCUGGUUUCUAGAAGGAUUGAGUGGUCUAGCAGGCAUCCAAAACAGAGCAGGGAAUGGUUCAGCAGUCCAUUUGGGCCCAUUUGACAGGUAGCAAAAUUGUAAGCAGCAAAUAGAAGGUCAGAGAGCCAGACAGAGCCCUUGGGAUAGAGGCACUUUUACAGAUCAAAGAAAGCAGGAGUUCUGGGAGCGAGGCCUGGAAAUUUAAAAGCAGAACAAGCUGUCUUUGCACAGUGUCCUCUCCCUAGCCAUUUGCAAUCCAUACAGCACUGGCUUCGAGUCCCACAGCUUGCAGGGAUGUCACUGAAUAAAUUUCCUCCUCACCCAUGAAACAAGAGGCUCAGGGAUUAUUUCAGAAAUCCUUCAGGUCUGAGACUGGGGAACUCGUAAUCUGUCAGGUAGGUCUGCUCCUUUUGAGUACACAAGUGAAGAUCUCAACAUACCUAAGAGGUCCUCAGACACUUCGGGGCAGGGUUUAGCAUCUAAUGAGAUGAACUAGAUGAGUAAAUUUACUUUAGUCAGAAAGAUGCCAUAUCAUAGAUGAUGUCUUCCCAAAAUAAUAUUAAUACUCUCACAGCCAAGGAACAGUGUUUAGUUUCAUGUUUUACUUUCCUAAAGAUAAUGGACUCACAUUUUAUAGUGUACAAGAUAUUAUAUGUGUAACAGUUAUCCCAAAUGUUUUCUUACUAACUGAUGGGGAAAAAACAUUAACUGCCUCUCAGGUAGUGCAUCCAAAAUAUUUAAAUAGUUUCCUGAUUUUGGCAAAUGCAGUGUUGAAUGUGACCUGUAUAUGGAGUUCUUUCCUCUACACCCAUAAACUCAAGUCAAAUUUUGUCUUUAAUUGUGCCCAGCAAUUUCUGUGGAAUAAAAAUUUACAUUAAAGUUGCCACUUCUUUAAA